AUUGCGGGUAGACAAAGCGGAGAGACCGAGAGAGUACCGGCCCUCCCGCAUUCCACCUCCUGUUCCUCUUCUCCGCUCCCAAAAUCUCCCAAACCCUUGGCUCCAGUGGCCGCAGAAUCGAGGUAGUAACCGCGGCGGCAGCACCUUGGGUCAAGGAGGGAGCGGGGUAGAUGCGGCCGAGCCGGCCGGCGGUGCACCCGGUGGAGGCGCCGCCGCCGCAGACCCAGGGGGAGAACGCGGAUGCUGCACCGGUCGGGGUGCGGAUGAAGGACACCCAGGGGGGCCCGGGGACGCCCGGCGGGCUCGGCCUCCGCCUCGUGCAGGUCUUCUUCGCGGCCGCCUCGCUCGCCGCCAUGGCGUCCACCAACGACUUCCCUUCCGUUACCGCCUUCUGCUACCUCGUAGCAGCAGUAAUUUUGCAAUGCUUGUGGAGCCUUUCUCUAGCCAUUGUGGACAUCUAUGCACUUCUCGUCAAACGUUCCUUGCGAAGUCUCCGAGCUGCUUGCAUAUUUUCCAUUGGAGACUUGAUCACAGGGACGCUAACCUUGGGUGCAGCAUGUGCAUCGGCAGGCAUCACCGUUCUCAUUGGUAAUGAUCUGGAGAUGUGUGCGGGUAAUCACUGUGCAAGCUUUAUGACUGCUACUGCAAUGGCUUUCAUCAGCUGGUUUGCACUUGCACCGUCGUGUGUCUUGAACUUCUGGUCGGUGGCCUCCAGAUUGUGAAGAGAUGAGUGUAUAGACAGAAUUGGGCCAUUUGUGCAGCAGAUCUCUUUUUGUGACAACUUGGACAGUGUGGCGCAUCUAAUUAUAGUACAAUGGAAAAGUAACGAAUGGCUGUCGAAUGAAGUGUGCCAUCAAGUUUUCCAUUUGAAAUAGGGAAUAGUUUGAUGUGCAAAAGGGUUGUUGUGUAGCUCUGCAUUUCUUUUUAGGACAGUUUGCCUCUUAUGUGGUGGUGGUUGUAAUCUGGUAAUGUAUUGAUGUGUUUUAUUAGUGUAGAGCUUAAGGUGUUGAUA